UAUUUUUUUAUUCAAAAAAAAUUCACGACGACUUCACCAUCCUCAAAUUCUUCUUCUUCAACUUCCUCAUCUCUCUCUACUACAUUCCCUCAAAAAAACUUUAAUAAUCAAUUCAUUGCUGAGCAAAAUAUUUUGCCAUCAGCAAAAGAAAACACAACAAUUUCGGCCAUAAGUACCGAGCAACAUUCCCCUUCCCCUCUGUGUCGUUGGGGAAUUUAUCCUUCAUCUACGCCAACAGGUUCACCACAAUUAUUUGCAGCUUCGUUUCUUGCUUCAACAGCAGUCUCUACUGAAAAUCAAAUAAAUUCUUUUAACGGUUUUGGAAGACAAGAACAACAACAAAAUUGGAAUGAAGGGAUGGUGGUAAAUAAAAUGAAUUUACAACAGCAACAACAACAACAAUUACCGGAUACAAUUAUUAAUUUUGGAAAUACUUCUAUGGGUGGAAGACCACCAGUUUAUGGAAUGCAUCAAGAAGCCUCAACAUCAAUGGUAGGAACAACAGGUUUAUCUCCUUCAACAGUUUCCUCCUCAACAUUUAUUUCUCCUCAAGACCCAACAAUAACAAAAAUACAACAACAACAACAACAACCAACUCCCUACCUCUUUCAUCAAACCUCCUCAGGCUCUACUUUGUGUCAACUUGGAGGGGAUAUAAUUGAACAACAAUCACACCAACAACAACAACAUUUAAUGAUGACUACAACAACAAAUAUGUGUUGUUCCCCUUCAAGUUCAAGUGGAAGUCAACCUCAUUUAGUACCUCUUUCUGGAAGUAUUUGUGGAAGUGGGGGAGGUGUUGUUGGUGGGGCUAAUGAUUCUGGACUUUCUUCUUUGAGUGGGAUUGGAGGAAGUGGAUGUUUUGGAACUGGAACGAAUAUUUUGUUGCAUCCUCAUAAUUUUUCGCCUGAUGUGCGUGGGGAUUUGGAAGAGUUGGAACCGGUGCCGAGGGACCGCUGUAAUACAUGGCCAAUGCGUCGAGCAAUGAGUAUAGAAGGACAAGCGCAGACUUCACCGUUAAUUCACGACAGAAUUCCGGAGGAGGAAAGCAGUAUUUACGACGAAGACGCCGAUUGUGUUGUUGAGUCCUAUUCUUCCAAUAUCCCCCAAAGGGGAAUAACAACAGACCCUUUAUUGUCUGGUGGAAUACGACUAGAUGGAUUAUCUCAUCAACAGAGUCCAACAUUUGACGAAUUUACAGAGGAGCCACUGAGUUAUAUUGAAGACCGCCCAGACUCUGCUCUCGGUGGCGACUCCUCCCGUGCUGAAUCACCUUUAGUAGGCGGACAAGCACUCCCCUGUUCCUCAUCUGCUUCAAUUGCUUCUAAAAAAUCCUCUACUCGUCGAAAUGCUUGGGGAAAUAUGUCUUAUGCAGAUUUAAUCACCCAAGCAAUUUUAGCUUCUCCAGAACAACGUUUAACACUUAGUCAAGUCUACGAGUGGAUGGUACACAAUGUUGCGUACUUUCGGGACAAGGGAGAUUCAAACAGCAGUGCUGGUUGGAAGAACUCAAUCAGACACAAUCUUUCCUUGCACAGCCGUUUUAUGCGUAUUCAAAACGAAGGCGCAGGAAAAAGCAGUUGGUGGGUCAUUAAUCCUGAUGCGAAACCUGGUCGUAACCCUCGUCGUCGUGCCAACACUAUGGAAAAUUCUAGUAAAACUGCCAUGGAUCGAAAACGACGUGGAACUGCCCGAAAACGUGUUGAGCAUUUAAACAAAGAUAUAAAACAUGAAGAUUGUUAUUCGAUGGAAGCUGCCUCUUUACAGGAUUUAUCAUACCCCAAUGAUAUUUGUCAUGAAGAGAUGCCAUGUGGGACAAAUGCAGAAAUGGUUGGAGGAGGUGUAUGUGUUGUAGGAGAAGGUCCGAUUUGUGGCGGCGGUGGAGGGGUUGCUGGCAGUGUUAACAACAAUUUUAUGUUUAGACCUCGUGCAAAUUCUACUCUUUCUGUUACUGGUGGCAACACUCGUUUUUCUCCAAACCUUGAGACUUCUGCUUGUAUUGAGGACAUUGAUUUCCCUCCCUGGAUGGAACAACAACAAAUGGAAGGGCAACAACAACAAAUAUUAAAUCCACAAGUUAGUGAAUUACUUGACCGGACAGGUCAAAUGCGUCUAGAUGGGCGUCGACCAAUGAGGCCAACUUUUCAGCGAAAUGGGAAUGGAGCAUUAAUUCGUGUUAACAACAAGCGACAUUCAUCAUUAAUUCCUUUAGCAACUUCUCCCCAAAACAAUCCUCUAGUCGUCCCUAAAACUGAAAUUGAUGAACAAAAAAUUAUUAAACAAGAAGCUAUUGCCCCACCCCCAUCAUAUCAAGAAUUAAGUGCUGUCCGUGGUUCUUUACCUCAACAAAUGCAAAAUCCUUUGUUGCUUAGGAUGGGAGAGCAUCAACAACAACAAAUGAUGACACCAAUGAAAAUGAAUAGUAUACCUUCAUCAACUAGUGUUGCUUCACAAUCUUUCCCGGUUUCAAUAUUUACCUCAAACGGACAGCAACAAAUGUUUUCCCCUGACAACAACAAUUUCCAACAAUGGAAUCGACAACCUCCCAACACCUUUCCACAACAUAUUAAUCCAAUGGCUUCAAAUAACGGACAAAUAAUGUUCCCAGGGGGAGGAAUUAAUAUUGGGGGAGAAAAUAAUAAUAAUAAUAAUAACGGAACUUCUCUUCCUUUUGAUUUGGAAAGUGUUAAUGCUAUGCCUGUAGAUCAACAAGCAUUUGCUGAUUUGGACGUUGAUGCAGUAUUGCGACAUGAAUUGGCACAGGGGGGACAGUUUGACUUGCCGUAA